GGCGUUUUUUUAUCGGUAUAUUUCGAAAUCUAAUCGAAAAGUCGUUUUGUAUCUGCAUCAGCGUGAGAGGCAUGUAGGAAAUGAGCAUGUAGGAAAAAGCUGUAGAAUUAAUCCUAUAUUUGUCAUUACGUUUUCUCGGAGUAACAUGGCGUCAUACGCUUGGUAACGAGCAAUGACGAGCAACUAAAACGAAUCAAAAUGGCGGGUCUUAAUUUUACUGCGUCAUAGCACCAUGCAGAUUUUUGUGAAGACAUUGACUGGGAAGACCAUAACUCUUGAAGUUGAGGCUUCUGACACUAUCGAGAAUGUAAAAGCAAAGAUCCAGGAUAAGGAAGGCAUUCCACCUGAUCAGCAGCGUUUGAUCUUUGCUGGAAAGCAGCUGGAAGAUGGACGUACCUUGUCUGAUUACAAUAUUCAGAAGGAAUCUACUCUUCAUUUGGUCCUCAGAUUGCGUGGUGGAAUGCAGAUUUUCGUCAAAACCCUGACAGGAAAGACCAUCACAUUGGAAGUUGAGGCGUCGGACACGAUCGAGAAUGUCAAAGCUAAAAUUCAAGACAAAGAAGGAAUCCCCCCGGAUCAGCAGAGAUUGAUCUUCGCUGGAAAGCAACUUGAAGAUGGUCGCACACUUUCUGACUACAACAUUCAGAAAGAAUCCACAUUGCAUCUGGUCCUUCGUCUACGUGGUGGAAUGCAAAUUUUCGUCAAAACCCUGACAGGAAAGACCAUCACAUUGGAAGUUGAGGCGUCCGACACGAUCGAGAAUGUCAAGGCCAAAAUUCAAGACAAAGAAGGAAUUCCCCCGGAUCAGCAGAGAUUGAUCUUCGCUGGAAAACAACUUGAAGAUGGUCGCACACUUUCUGACUACAAUAUUCAGAAAGAAUCCACAUUGCAUUUGGUUCUCCGUUUACGUGGUGGUAUGCAAAUUUUCGUCAAGACAUUGACAGGAAAGACAAUCACGCUGGAAGUUGAGGCGUCAGACACUAUCGAGAAUGUUAAAGCCAAAAUUCAAGACAAGGAAGGAAUCCCACCGGAUCAGCAGAGAUUGAUCUUCGCCGGAAAACAGCUCGAAGAUGGCCGCACACUUUCUGACUACAAUAUUCAGAAAGAAUCCACGUUGCAUUUGGUUCUCCGUUUACGUGGUGGUAUGCAAAUUUUUGUCAAAACAUUAACAGGAAAGACCAUCACGCUGGAAGUUGAGGCGUCAGACACGAUCGAAAAUGUCAAGGCCAAAAUUCAAGACAAAGAAGGAAUUCCCCCGGAUCAGCAGAGAUUGAUCUUCGCUGGAAAACAACUUGAAGAUGGUCGCACACUUUCUGACUACAAUAUUCAAAAGGAAUCUACCUUACAUUUGGUUCUUCGUCUACGUGGUGGUAUGCAAAUUUUCGUCAAAACAUUAACAGGAAAGACCAUCACGUUGGAAGUUGAGGCGUCAGACACUAUCGAGAAUGUUAAAGCCAAAAUUCAAGACAAGGAAGGAAUCCCACCGGAUCAGCAGAGAUUGAUCUUCGCCGGAAAACAGCUCGAAGAUGGCCGCACACUUUCUGACUACAACAUUCAAAAAGAAUCCACGUUGCAUUUGGUUUUGAGGCUUCGCGGCGGUAUGCAAAUUUUUGUCAAAACGCUUACCGGUAAAACAAUUACUCUGGAAGUCGAAGCGUCGGACACGAUCGAGAAUGUCAAAGCCAAAAUUCAAGACAAGGAAGGAAUCCCUCCGGACCAGCAGAGGUUAAUCUUCGCCGGGAAACAACUUGAAGACGGUCGCACACUUUCUGACUAUAAUAUUCAAAAGGAAUCUACCUUGCAUUUGGUUCUCCGUUUACGUGGUGGUAUGCAAAUUUUCGUCAAGACAUUGACAGGAAAGACCAUCACGUUGGAAGUUGAGGCGUCGGACACGAUCGAGAAUGUUAAAGCCAAAAUUCAGGACAAGGAAGGAAUACCUCCAGAUCAGCAGAGGUUGAUCUUCGCCGGAAAACAACUUGAAGAUGGUCGUACACUUUCUGAUUACAAUAUUCAGAAGGAAUCCACAUUGCAUUUGGUUUUGAGGCUUCGCGGCGGUAUGCAGAUUUUUGUCAAAACUCUCACUGGUAAAACUAUUACGCUGGAGGUCGAGGCUUCAGACACGAUCGAAAAUGUAAAGGCGAAAAUUCAAGAUAAAGAAGGCAUUCCUCCCGAUCAACAAAGACUGAUUUUCGCGGGCAAGCAGCUAGAAGAUGGACGGACUUUAUCCGACUAUAAUAUUCAGAAAGAGUCUACACUUCAUCUUGUACUUCGACUUAGAGGUGGAGAUGUCUGAUUCCAUUGUGAUCUCUACUAAAGCGUCGCAUUGUAUUGAAAUCAUUUAAUAUAUUAUAAAUUUUA